AGAGGUCCCAAUGUCUGAUCCGAGGAAUUGAUUUGUCAAGCCCUAAAAAAAUCUCUUCGAGGUUUGAGUAUUAUCUCAGGAAAAUCUCUUAUCGGAAUUCCAUAACGUUGGUACGAAGAUCUUCGUCAAGAUCUCUUCUGGUGGAUCGGUGAUUGAAAUCUGUGAUUAUCGUCUUUCUUUGGAUUCACAUUUCGUUUGUUGUUAGAUCGUUCAUUCAUUAUCGAUUUAGACUUAUAGUAACAGGAAGUAUAUGAAAUUGCUAACUCAAGAUCUGAAGUCUCUGUCAGAUUUGGGUUAGAUGAUGAUGGAUCAAUCUGGAUUUGAUUUGGGUGUGUUUGUUGGGGAUUUGGCUUUUGACGAAGAUUCAAGCCGCGAUGAUGUCUCAUUGGAAGGAUUAGAACAGGAAUUAGAAGAGUGUAAAAACGACGAUGUAGUGGCAAAUAUACUGUCCAAAGGGACAAAAUUGCGAGAAUACGCGAAGGGGGUUGAGAAUGAUGUGCGACAAGUGGAAUUAAACUCCAUUCAGGAAUAUAUAAAAGAGAGUGACAAUCUAGUCUCUCUUCAUGAUCAAAUUCGUGAUUGUGAUAACAUUUUAUCACAGAUGGAAACUCUUCUCAGUGGAUUCCAGGGAGAAAUUGGUUCCAUAAGUUCAGAAAUAAAAAGUCUGCAAGAGAAGUCCAUGGAUAUGGGUCUAAAACUGAAGAAUCGCAAGGGGGCAGAGGUGAAAUUAGCGAGGUUUGUUGAAGAUAUCAUUGUUCCUCCAAGGAUGGUAGACAUAAUAGUGGACAGCGAGGUUAAUGAUGAAUAUAUGAGAACUCUAGAGAUAUUGAGUAAGAAGCUGAAGUUUGUCGAAGUGGAUACAAUGGUCCAAUCUUCAAAAGCUCUGAAAGAUGUUCAGCCUGAACUGGAAAAACUUCGGCAAAAAGCAAUUUCAAAGGUGUCAGAAUUCAUCGUUCAGAAGCUUCAUGCCUUGAGAAAGCCCAAAACGAAUAUCCAGAUCCUUCAACAAAGUGUCCUUCUAAAAUAUAAAUAUGUGAUAAUCUUCCUCAAGGAACAUGGUAAAGAAGUAUACAUGGAGGUUCGUGGAGCAUAUGUUGACACAAUGAAUAAAGUUCUAAGUGCACAUUUUCGUUCAUACAUACAAGCGGUAGAGAAAUUACAACUAGAUAUUGCAACACCAAGUGAUUUGAUUGGGGUUGAGACCAGGGCUACUAGCCUUUUUUCUAUAGGAAGAGAACCUUUGAAGAACCGAUCUGCUGUAUUUGCAUUAGGGGAGAGAAUAAAUAUUUUGAAGGAAAUUGAACAACCCGCGUUGAUUCCACAUAUAGCAGAAGCCAGCUCUCUCAAAUACCCUUAUGAAGUUCUCUUCAGAAGUUUGCACAAGCUCCUGAUGGACACGGCAACUUCAGAGUACCUUUUCUGUGAUGACUUCUUCGGUGAAGAAUCGAUAUUUUACGAAAUAUUUGCAGGCCCAUUUGCGGUGAUUGAUGAGCAUUUCAAUUUGAUUCUUCCGAAUUGUUUUGAUGCUAUCGGACUAAUGCUUAUGAUCCGCAUAAUUCACCAACACCAGCUCAUUAUGUCUCGAAGAAGGCUUCCAUGCUUGGACUCGUAUUUGGACAAGAUCAAUAUUUCGUUAUGGCCUCGGUUCAAGAUGGUAUUUGAUAUGCAUCUAAACAGCUUGCGUACCGCCAACGUAAAGACACUAUGGGAAGAUGAUGUCCAUCCACACUACGUUAUGAGGCGUUAUGCUGAGUUCUCAGCUUCACUAGUUCACCUCAAUGUCGAAUAUGGAGAUGGUCAGCUUGAGUUAAACUUGGAACGUCUGAGAAUGGCUGUUGAUGACUUGAUUAAUAAGCUCGCUAAAACAUUUACAAAGCCAAAGUUGCAAAGUGUGUUCCUUAUCAACAAUUAUGAUAUGACUAUUGCUGUGCUGAAGGAAGCUGGUCCAGAAGGUGGCAAGACACAGAUGCAUUUUGAAGAGCUUCUUAAGAGCAACACGGUCACUUUUGUGGAAGAAUUAUUGCUUGAGUAUUUCAGUAAUUUAAUCAAGUUUGUGAAGACUCGAGCUUCCGAAGACCCAAACUCUAGCUCGGAAAAGCCCAUAUCAGUCUCUGAUGUUGAGCCACUUGUGAAAGACUUUGGGAGCAGGUGGAAAGCUGCAAUAGAGCUAAUGCACAAAGAUGUUAUAACUUCUUUUAGCAAUUUCCUCUGCGGUAUGGAGAUCCUUAGAGCUGCCUUAACUCAAUUGUUACUUUACUACACGCGGCUUUCCGAUUGCAUCAAACGUAUCCCUGGUGGUUUGACAUUAAACAAGGAUCUGGUUUCCAUCUCUUCAAUAAUGUAUGAAAUCAGGAAGUACUCGAGAACUUUCUAGGUUCUUAAUUCUUGUACAAGUAAAGAUGAUUUGUUCGUACAGACCUGGACUCUAAAUCAGUGAAGCAUUAAAAAGUUCUGACAAUAUAGGGUUCCAACAUUUCACUGACAUUGUUAAUCAUUUACCCAUUUGUUGUAAUUGAUUGUAGGAACUUAUAUUCCCUCGACCUCCAGUACUAUAUGCAGUAGAGACUUUAUAAUGUGUUUUGCUUCAAAAAAAAUUUACAAUGUUUUCCU